CUCUUUGGUUGAAGAAAGCCAGCCAUUGACUGCCAAAAUUAAUGUGGAGAAUAUUUAAUUAAUUAAAAUUAACUUCGUCGCCAUUGUCGUUGUCAGGCGACAGCAUCAUCAUCACCACAGGUCGGUCUGUCAUUAUGUUAAUGCAACGCUUGAUUUUCCUCAACUUUAGCCAGCCGCGAAGACAUAUUAGUUGGAUGCUACAGCGGUCGACAUUUAUCAGUCGAUUGAAAUAAGUCGACAGCACAAGUUCAGUGCGUCGCUUUAAAACAUCUGAAAUAGCAGAAAAAAGUGUUUUUUAUUAUUAUUAUUAAACAUUCAAAAUGCCACCAAACGCCACAACCACUGUAAACGAAAAUGAACCCAUAAUUAAUGUGUUCGAAAAUACUGCAACCGGAGUUUUGUCCGAACAGGAGGCUGAAACCAUUGAUGGCGGUUUGGCCAAAAAUAUUGAAAAAUGCAAAAAGGCCGAAGAACGUAAAUUGGAAAUAGUAUGGAUCAAUGUCAUCGGUUUUGUCUAUGUGUAUGGUGCCUCGUUUUAUGGUAUCUAUUUGAUGUGCACCUCAGCGAAAUGGCAAACUAAUAUUAUGGGUACACUACUCACCUACAUUACUGGUUUUGGCAUCACCGCUGCCGCUCAUCGUUUGUGGGCCCAUCGUGCCUACAAGGCUAACUUGCCCAUGCGUAUAAUGUUGAUUAUUUUCAAUACAAUUGCAUUCCAAAAUUCGGUGUAUGUUUGGGCUCGUGAUCACCGAGUGCAUCAUAAAUUCUCCGAAACAGAUGCUGAUCCACACAACGCUACACGCGGCAUGUUCUUCUCGCACAUCGGUUGGUUGAUGUGCAAAAAACAUCCUGAAGUUAAGGCCAAGGGCAAGACUAUUGAUAUGUCCGAUUUGGAGGCUGAUCCCAUUGUUAUGUUCCAACACAAAUACUAUUACUUCCUGAUGCCCAUUGCCUGUUUCAUCCUGCCAGCCAUUGCUCCCAUGUAUCUCUUCAAUGAAACCUUGUCCAACUCCUGGCACAUUUGUGUUAUGUUGCGUUGGUGCUUCCUGCUCAACUCGGCCUGGUUGAUCAACAGCGCUGGUCACAAAUAUGGCAGCAGACCCUAUGACAAAUCCUACAAUCCAGCUGAGAACAGUUUCAUUGCCUUCUUGACAUUGGGCGAGGGAUGGCACAACUAUCAUCAUGUCUUCCCCUGGGAUUACAAGACAUCCGAAUUGGGUGACUAUGCCUUCAAUUAUACCACCGCCUUUUUGGAUUUCUUUGCCAAAAUCGGAUGGGCCUACGAUUUGAAAACCGUCUCCGAUGAGAUUAUCAAGAAACGUGUUCAACGUACCGGUGAUGGUAGCCAUCCCAUUUGGGGUUGGGGUGACAAGGAUCAGAGUAAAGAUGAAAUCGAUGCCGCUAUUAUUGUCAAUAAAAAGGCCGAAUGAGGGGAGUUACUGUUCAAUAAGAAAGGGGGAAACAUAUAUGUUAUUUGUUAGUAUUUAUAUAUUUAUUUUUAAGUUUUCUUUUUUUUUCCGAUAAUGGUUCGCAUGCAUAUCGAAAUUUUACUUGCUUAUUGUACAUUCAUUUAUAUAUAGAUUAUGAACCUGGACAUUAGGGUUUUGUUAUACAUCAUAUGUAUUUAUAAAGAUUUAGUUUGAUAAGAUCUUGUUUUGUUUUAUUCUUACAUUACAAAAAUUUUAUAUAAUUAUUUUGAAAUAAAUAAAAAAAAAUUAAAAAAUA